CAACACAUCACCACGCCGCAUGCCACUCUCACACACAGAUGCUUCUCCGUCAUGUUCUCUGGGAAAUUUCCCCCCGAUUAGGAAAAGGACGGUAACACGGUUCUGCCUCGGAAGGAGAGUUUUUACCAUUGCAGCACAAAGAACAGCGGAGCGCGCUUUCACAUCGUUGCAACUCCACUCACUUGACCAGCUCUAUACUUCAGCACCACGGAGAGCGGUACACCCUUUGCUGCCACCCAUGGGGAGCCAGCUUCCCGCGACUCAGCACCGGAUUCCGGUCAUCUAGAGGAGGAACAAGCCUGCGUAUUAUACCCUCAAUGUUGGGGAGCAGCACCUUCAAAAACAUGCAGCGCCGGCACACAACGCUGAGGGAGAAGGGCCGUCGCCAGGCCAUCCGGGGUCCUGCCUACAUGUUCAACGAGAAGGGCACCAGCCUGACGGCCGAGGAGGAACGCUUCCUGGACUCAGCUGAGUAUGGCAACAUCCCGGUGGUCCGGAAAAUGCUGGAGGAGUCCAAGACCCUCAACUUCAACUGCGUGGACUACAUGGGGCAGAACGCGCUACAGCUGGCCGUGGGCAACGAGCACCUAGAGGUCACGGAGCUGCUGCUAAAGAAGGAGAACCUGGCACGGGUCGGGGACGCGCUGCUGCUGGCCAUCAGCAAGGGCUACGUGCGCAUCGUGGAGGCCAUCCUCAACCACCCGGCCUUCGCGCAGGGCCAGCGCCUGACGCUCAGCCCGCUGGAACAGGAGCUGCGUGACGACGACUUCUAUGCCUACGACGAGGACGGCACGCGCUUCUCCCACGACAUCACGCCCAUCAUCCUGGCGGCGCACUGCCAGGAGUAUGAGAUCGUGCACAUCCUGCUGCUCAAGGGUGCCCGUAUCGAGAGGCCCCAUGACUACUUCUGCAAGUGCACUGAGUGCGCCGAGAAACAGCGGAAAGACUCCUUCAGCCACUCGCGCUCGCGCAUGAACGCCUACAAAGGACUGGCGAGUGCCGCCUACUUGUCCCUGUCCAGCGAAGACCCUGUCCUCACCGCCCUGGAGCUCAGCAAUGAGUUAGCCAGACUAGCCAACAUCGAGACUGAAUUCAAGAACGAUUACAGGAAGUUAUCUAUGCAAUGCAAGGAUUUUGUAGUGGGCGUGCUGGACUUGUGCCGAGACACAGAAGAGGUGGAAGCGAUUUUAAAUGGUGAUGUGAACUUCCAAGUCUGGUCCGACCACCACCGUCCAAGUCUGAGCCGGAUCAAACUCGCCAUUAAAUAUGAAGUCAAGAAGUUCGUUGCUCAUCCUAACUGUCAGCAGCAAUUGCUUACCAUGUGGUAUGAAAAUCUCUCAGGCUUACGUCAACAGUCUAUCGCUGUGAAAUUCCUGGCUGUCUUUGGAGUCUCCAUAGGCCUCCCUUUUCUCGCCAUAGCCUAUUGGAUUGCUCCGUGCAGCAAGCUAGGACGAACCCUGAGGAGCCCUUUCAUGAAGUUUGUAGCUCAUGCAGUUUCUUUUACAAUCUUCUUGGGAUUAUUAGUUGUGAAUGCAUCUGACCGAUUUGAAGGUGUUAAAACCCUGCCAAAUGAAACCUUCACAGACUACCCAAAACAAAUCUUCAGAGUGAAAACCACACAGUUCUCCUGGACAGAAAUGCUCAUUAUGAAGUGGGUCUUAGGAAUGAUUUGGUCCGAAUGCAAGGAAAUCUGGGAGGAGGGGCCGCGGGAGUACGUGCUGCACCUGUGGAACCUGCUAGAUUUCGGGAUGCUGUCCAUCUUCGUGGCCUCCUUCACAGCACGCUUCAUGGCCUUCCUAAAGGCCAGCGAGGCACAGCUGUACGUGGACCGCCACGUGCAGGACGACACGCUGCACAAUGUUUCACUUCCGCCGGAAGUGGCGUACUUCACGUACGCCAGGGACAAGUGGUGGCCUUCAGACCCUCAGAUCAUAUCAGAAGGGCUCUAUGCGAUAGCCGUCGUGCUGAGCUUCUCUCGCAUUGCAUAUAUCCUGCCAGCCAACGAGAGUUUUGGGCCCCUGCAGAUCUCCCUAGGGAGAACUGUGAAAGAUAUCUUCAAGUUCAUGGUCAUUUUCAUCAUGGUAUUUGUGGCCUUCAUGAUUGGGAUGUUCAACCUGUACUCUUACUACCGAGGUGCCAAAUACAACCCAGCGUUUACAACGGUUGAAGAAAGUUUUAAAACUUUAUUUUGGUCCAUAUUCGGCUUAUCUGAAGUAAUCUCAGUGGUGCUGAAAUACGACCACAAAUUCAUCGAGAACAUCGGCUACGUUCUCUACGGCGUUUAUAACGUCACCAUGGUGGUAGUGUUGCUCAACAUGCUAAUAGCCAUGAUCAACAACUCCUAUCAGGAAAUUGAGGAGGAUGCAGAUGUGGAAUGGAAAUUCGCCCGAGCAAAACUCUGGCUGUCUUACUUUGAUGAAGGAAGAACUCUACCUGCUCCUUUUAAUCUAGUGCCAAGUCCUAAAUCAUUUUAUUAUCUCAUAAUGAGAAUCAAGAUGUGCCUCAUAAAACUCUGCAAAUCUAAGGCCAAAAGCUGUGAAAAUGACCUUGAAAUGGGCAUGCUGAAUUCCAAAUUCAAGAAGACUCGCUACCAGGCUGGCAUGAGGAAUUCUGAAAACCUGACAGCAAAUAACACUUUCAGCAAGCCCACCAGAUACCAGGUGACCACAUUGCUUCCCUCUGGAUCCUACCUCAUUGGCCAUCAUCAACAUACAAAAAUCAUGAAACGGCUCAUAAAAAGAUAUGUCCUGAAAGCCCAGGUGGACAGAGAAAACGACGAAGUCAAUGAAGGCGAGCUGAAGGAAAUCAAGCAAGACAUCUCCAGCCUGCGCUACGAGCUUCUUGAGGAAAAGUCUCAAGCUACCGGUGAGCUGGCAGACCUGAUUCAACAACUCAGCGAGAAGUUUGGAAAGAACUUAAACAAAGACCACCUGAGGGUGAACAAGGGCAAAGACAUUUAGCAGCCCACAUCGGCAUCUGUGACUUCUACCAGCAUUCCAAGGCCAGGGUGGAUGCCCUGGCCCCCAUCCCUGGUGGGGAGGGGGCCCCAGCCCACUCCUCUAGGACAUGAAGGGGAUCUCCUGGCUCAGUCUCUUGCAGCAUGACUGACAUCUCCAGCCCGCUGGCCUGCCUAGACCCAGAACUGCUGUGAAUCUAGGCGGUUGGGUAAGAAAAGCUAUCACGGGAGGAGGGGAGGAACAGUUCCCUGACGAGUGUGAGACCUUUGGUCCAGCCACAGUGAAACCCAUCCCUGUGGCCAAAGCAGGAAAAGGCCAUCUUGGGUGCACACCUGUGCCCUCCCACUGCAGGUGGGACUGCAGCUCUGGCUGUGUCCUGGGAAGACAAACACCUCAACCCACAAACUCCUUCUCACUCCCUCCCCGCCACUCCCCAACACAUCCAAACAGAACCGGGAGGUGACCUGUGAUCUAUUCUUAAGUGCCAGAUGAGAACACAGCCUAAUAGCAAAAUAGUUCUAUUUGUUUAUUAAAAAAAAAAAAAAAGAGAGAGUUUAAAAAUCCUAAAUCGAAAACUGUACUGUAGGUAGCACUGUUUAGAAA